AUGAAGCUCUCGGCACCGCCCCCGCCCCUCGCCGCAGCCCGGAGCGGCGGCAGCAGCGGCCGCGGCAACAGCUCCGGCUCCGGCUCCUCCCGCUCCCGCUCCGGCCGCGAUCGGCCCCGCGCGCCCGGGCCCCGCGCCCCGACCCCGCCGCCGCGCCUUUCGGGGGCCUCCGGAGCCCCCGCCGCCCGCCUCACGCUGAAGUUCCUGGCCGUGCUGCUGGCCGCGGGCAUGCUGGCGUUCCUCGGUGCCGUCAUCUGCAUCAUCGCCAGCGUGCCCCUGGCGGCCAGCCCGGCGCGGGCGCUGCCCGGCGGCGCCGACAACGCCUCGGCCGCCUCGGCUGCCGCCGCGUCCCCGGGCCCGCAGCGCAGCCUGAGCGCGCUGCACGGCGCGGGCGGCUCGGCCGGGCCCCCCGCGCUGCCCGGGGCGCCGGCGGCCAGCGCCCACCCGCUGCCGCCCGUGCCCCUCUUCAGCCGCUUCCUGUGCACGCCGCUGGCGGCAGCCUGCCCGUCGGGGACCGAGCAAGGGGACGCGGCUCCCGGCGAGCGCGAGGAGCUGCUGCUGCUGCAGAGCACCGCCGAGCAGCUGCGCCAGACGGCGCUGCAGCAGGAGGCGCGCAUCCGCGCCGACCAGGACACCAUCCGCGAGCUCACCGGCAAGCUGGGCCGCUGCGAGAGCGGCCUGCCGCGCGGCCUGCAGGACCCCGGGCCCCGCCGCGACGCCAUGGCCGACGGGCCCUGGGACUCGCCCGCGCUCAUCCUGGAGUUGGAGGACGCGGUGCGCGCCCUUCGGGACCGGAUCGACCGCAUCGAGCAGGAGCUUCCAGUCCGGGUGAACCUCUCUGCGGCCCCAGCUCCUGCGCCCGUGGUGCCCACAGCCCUGCACUCCAAGAUGGAUGAGCUGGAAGGGCAGCUGCUGGCCAAGGUCCUGGCGCUGGAGAAGGAGCGGGUGGCCCUGAGUCACAGCAGCCAGCAGCAGCGGCAGGAAGUGGAGAAGGAGCUGGAUGCCCUGCAGGACCGCGUGGCCGAACUGGAGCAUGGGUCCUCGGCCUACAGCCCCCCGGACGCCUUCAAGAUCAGCAUCCCCAUCCGCAACAACUACAUGUACGCGCGUGUGCGGAAGGCGUUGCCCGAGCUCUAUGCCUUCACCGUCUGCAUGUGGCUGCGGUCCAGGUCGGGUGGCACCGGCCAGGGUACCCCCUUCUCCUACUCGGUGCCCGGGCAGGCCAACGAGAUUGUGCUGCUGGAGGCGGGCCAUGACCCCAUGGAGCUGCUGAUCAAUGACAAGGUGGCCCAGCUGCCCCUGAGCCUGAAGGACAGUGGCUGGCACCAUAUCUGCAUCGCCUGGACCACAAGGGAUGGCCUGUGGUCCGCCUACCAGGACGGGGAGCUGCGGGGCUCCGGUGAGAACCUGGCCGCCUGGCACCCCAUCAAGCCUCAUGGGAUUCUCAUCUUGGGCCAGGAACAGGACACCCUAGGUGGCCGGUUUGAUGCCACCCAGGCCUUCGUGGGUGACAUUGCCCAGUUUAACCUGUGGGACCAUGCCCUGACGCCCGCCCAGGUCCUGGGCCUUGCCAACUGCACGGGGCCGCUGCUGGGCAAUAUCCUCCCCUGGGAAGACAAGCUGGUGGAGGUCUUUGGUGGUGCGACGAAGGCCACGUUCGAUGUCUGCCAGGGGAGGGCCAAGGCCUGAGGGGCUGCCUGGUCCAGGGCCCCUCCCUUGCCUGCCGAUUCGGGAACCUUCCGGGGCGAGGGCACAUUCCCUCCUCAGCCUACCCCCACACUGGCCGCCCCUCUUGUCCCACUCCUGGCCAUGCCUCCCGCUUCUCCCACCCUACGCAUACCUCCAGAACGCCCUGCCCUUGAUGGCUGUGCCCUAAUGCCUCUUGGAUGGGGACAAGCCACUCCAGUCAACAGGUCAAGCCUGGGGUGAGUCCAGAGCCUGGCAGGGGUGUGGGGGGGUGGCAGGGCAUUGCCCAGGGCUCUUCCUGGCCUGUUGGCAUUACAGUGGAGUCCCACCCCACCGUCCCAUGAACCACAACCGACUCCACUGAUCUCAACAGCACCCCCUAAUGAGGUGGUGUUUGGGGGGGGCGCCCAUUAUCUCAGUGACAGGGAUGGUUGUCUGCGCCCCUGUCUCCCACGCACCUGGCCUGGCCCUUCCCCUUCCAGACCCUAACAGGCUGCAGAGGGAAUGGCAACCAUAGGACACUCAGAUUCUCCUCCCUUCCAUCUUUCCACCAGCUGCCAGUCAAGGGCAGAGGGAUCUUGAUGGAGCCUCUCCCCCCCAACCCUCCCUCCCACCCGCACCCUUGCUGUUCCUUGUUUGUGUGCAGUGCUUUGAUGGUGGUUCCAUGCCUGGCCCAUCCCCGCCUCAACUUCCAGGACAUUCCCUCCCCAGCUCCAGCCUGGAGGGUUAGGGACCAAGGUCCCCGGAGGCCAAAGGGUCGUAAUCACCCCUUGUGCCCACCCACAGCUGUGCUCACUGGCACAGUCACCUCUUCCCCUCUGGUACCAGGACAGAUCCUGGGCCACUUCAGCCUGGCCUGGAAAUAGCAUGAGGCAGAGGCACUGGGUCCCAGGGGACCCAGGCCCCAGCAGAGCCACAAUACCUACCCUCUCUGCGUGGCCUGGCAGCCUUUGGAAAAGGAAAGAAGAAGCCGAGAGCAGAGAGAAGCAGGGAAUGGUGUGCAGAGCACCGGAUGAGGAGCAGGAGCCUUUGGUUCCUAGUCAGCCCAGCCACUACCCUGCUGUGCAGUCUUCUGUGAGCCCCUGCCCUCUCUGGGCUGGCCUUCCUCAUUUGUGAGCUAAGGCCCUUGCUCUGGUCAUCUUGGAGAAGUGUCCAGAUUAAAAGUGCAAUAGUCUGUGAUUUCAGGUCUCUAGGGUGGGACAAACCAGAGAAGCCACACAGCAGGGGCAGGUCCUGGGACGGGAUAGCAGGUGGGGUCUGGCUAAGCCUGGAUCAGGGUCAGCAGCUAGUUCCAAAGAGUUAGGGGCAAGGGCAAGGGUCAAAGCAGACCCACCUCGUACACAGACUGUGAAAAUCCAGCUUUUCUGGAUCGCCCCAGCCUGGCACCUCUGCCUAUUUGAGAGGGUCUCAAAGGGGCUGGUGGCUUCCUGGCCCCUACCCUUGAGUCCUCAUCAGCACCCCCAAGAGAGUGGAAGAAAUUAGGAGCUGAGAAAAGCCACCCAGCCUGACCUCUUGCUUAUGCAGAUGGGGAAGAGCUCAGAGAGGACAAGUGACUUGCCCAGAAUCACACAGCCCAGUGGAGCAGGGCAGGACUAGAACGCAGUGGUCUUUCCCCCAGGCUGUACUGCCUGCCUGAGGGAGUCGUGGAGUCCAGGCUACGCUUAAGAGGAUGGACAUUUGAGAGGUCAGAGUGCUUUCCAACAUAACCCAUGAGACCGCCUUCCUUGAUGAAACACAUAAACAUCUAGGCGUUUCUGUCCCCCCCACCCCCAGAAGGCAGAGCGAGGAGAGGUGAUCCCCAGGGCACUGCGGCAGGAACAGAGUUCAGAACGCAGCCGUCCCUCCCAUGGUCAGUCACCUGCCAGGUGUCUAGACAGCUGUUGGCGACCUGAGUCAGAUGGGCGCUGGUGCCUUUUGCCCCCCUUUUUUGUUCUCUGUCCCUGCUCCCCUGCGCACUUAGCCUGAAGCAUGAUGCAAGAGCUGCAGGUUGUAGGGCAGCUCCUCCUCAUGGAGGCUCCUCCUAGACCUGUUGCUUCCAGCCCCCAGAUCCUUGUUUCCAUUUAGAGCACAGCUCAACUGUUCAGCACCUCGGGCCCAGCUCCCCCACAGAUGGAGUGACGGCGUGCUUCAGCCAGAACCUGCCGAGAUCUAGGUUGCCCUGGUAACAGCCAAUGACAUCAGCCCCAGUGCUGGGUCAAGCAUCUCAUUAUGACAUACGCUGUUGCUGGGGUGACGGCGGAAUUCAGAACUUAGAUUUCCGGGACAGCGGGCUUUCUUGGGUUUCUUUUACUGUUAAGGGUGCAGCUUUUGUGGAGGGCUUGGGGGGAAGAAAGAGUCCUAGGAAGGAGAUGAUAAAACUUGUUUGAUCCCUUGAGCCCCCCCAGAGGUACCACCCCUUGUCCUUUAUGCUUUGUCAUGGUGAUGCGAGACCUCUGACCUGUGCUGAGUCACCCUAGCAGCCCUCCAGAGGCGAGCAGAACAAAUUGAAGAUGUUGCCGUGUAGGCGCUGAGUCUAGGCCAUUGGUGAGGGGCCUGGGUCCCCAUUUCCAUUCCAGGAAGGUGAUCACCCCAAAGCCCCCACCCCUCCAUCUACUGAUCUUCCUCCUCACCUGUGCUAAACGCCUGCUGUGUGGACUCCAGGUAUGACCUUCAGCUGCUCCCAGGCACAGCCAGGAAGACUGGGGAAGAGAAAUUGCGCUCAGUUGCGUCCUUGAGCCGCUCCUGGCUGCACCUUUCACCUGCCAUCAUUCUCUUCGCCUUCUUCGUCCCAGCUUCCUGCCACUCCAAGCCACCUCCCCCCCCACCGACCCACCACCAUAACCCUGCCCCUGCCAGGUGGAGAAGGGGCUGACAGGAGCCCUGGCUGAGCAGCGAGUGAGCAUGUCAAGCUGUUGGACACUGUGACAUUAGUGCAUCCUACCGGUGACCUGCCUCCCCGCCCCUUCUCCCGCCUGAUUUUGUACAUAAAGUGACAUGAGAUGCAAUGUGUGUGCGCGUGCGUGUGUAUGACAUAUGUCAUGGGUUUUGUUACAUUUUUGUUUUUGUAACUUUGAAUGUUCAAAAUAAACAUGAUGUUUACUCUGAG